UUAAACACAUCCUUGCUGCCUUAGUUUAGAAAAUCGAGCAUUUGUCAAUUUUGUGAGAAAAUUUAGGACUCUUAAUUCAAGAUCUAAUCUAGAAUUAGAUUGUUUAUUAGGCCCCUGAAAAUAUUAGCUUUUUUUUUUCUUUACAUAUAUAUUAAUGGAUCCUGUUUAAAUACAGAUAAGUCUACAAUCAGCUUUUUUAUAGAACAACACUCAGCUUAACUUCUAAGAUGGAUUACUCUGGGCUGUCAAGAUUUAGACCACCACAUCCUCAAGAUACUCAAAAUAUGCCCCCACCAGCGCACCCAAAUUUUCCUAAUCCAAACAUGCACAGAGAGUCGCUUGGCCCCAACAAUGUAUUUCCCAAUACAGCAGUUCCACCUCGAAUGCCUAUGGGCUAUCCACCAAUAAGUGAUGCACACAUACCUUCAGCUUUUGGGAUGGAUCAAGGAAUGCAAGUAAAUUAUCAGUCUGGAUCAAUGCAGAACACAAAUCUACCACCUGGUUAUCAUUCACCUAUGGGAAACCCAAUGUCACACCCGCCUCAAAAUUUACACAAUUUUCAAAACUCAAAUCAACGACCAAAUUUAUCACAUCACAAUUUUCACCAGCAUCCGCCCCAGCACCAGCGUAAUGCAUAUCAUAAUAAUCCUCCACAGCAGCAUAUGAAUGAUUUCCGUCAGCAGCAUCGCUACCAGCGUCAGCAUCAGCAACAUGGCAGACAGCAGCACCAUAAUCCAAUAAUUAAUGAGUUUCACCCACACCACCAGGGACUAGAUUUUCAUUCUCAGCACAAUAAUAUGGCUCCAGAUUUCCACUCACUGCAACAGGGCCAGGUGGUGACUGAUUAUCACCAGCAGGAGUACUCCCACCAGGACCCAAUCCUGUCACACCACCAUGAUUACCAACACAACAGUGGGCAAGAUCUUCAGGGCAUGAUGGGCACUUAUGUGGACCACAAUAGUAUGGGGAUGCAAGGCCUUAUUGGGGAGCAUGGUAUGAUGAAUCAACUUGAAGGGCACAUGUUAGGUGGUGGUGAUGCUUAUUCUCAACAUCAGAUGAUGCAGAUAUAUGGGGAUCCUUCUCUUCAAGACCUUAGGGAUGGAGAUUAUAUCCCUGUUGCAUGUCAACUUAUGGAUAAAUCAGCUAAUGCUAGUAUUACAUGUGUUAAUUUUGAUGGACAGCAGGAACUACUGUGGGCUGGAAACCAAAGGGGCUAUGUGGCUUCCUAUUAUGGAACAGAGUUUUUUAAAUAUUCAGCUUUUAGGGUGAAUCUUGAAGAAGAUGUUCGUAUGAAUCUUUCUUUUCCUCAAGGAGUUUUGUCUCUAACCCCUAGUCUGCUGCGAGGAACACUCAGACGUGGGCUUGGUGUAUUUACUUUCAAAGAUCCACUACUUCAUGACAUGACUUGCAUGAUGAUGAGAGGAGACACAUCUGUUCUCAUUGCUGGUCACCACAAGCAAGUUCUUGAAGUGGAUAUCAUUCAAAACUGUUUGAGUAAUGUUUUUGAGGUAAAAGAUUCUGGCAUUGCAAUCUUCAGAGGAACAGAUCGUUAUGUUUGCGGUGGAGAUAGUACUGGAAAGGUGACAGUGUAUGAUUCCAAAACAUUGAGAGCCGAACACACAUUGGAAGCUCACAGCAGCUGUCUGUCUGACUUCGAUAUCCAUGACAAUUUACUCAUUACUUGUGGAUUUUCUAAUCGCAUGAACACCCUAACACCUGAUCGUCUUCUCAUGGUGUAUGAUAUGAGAGUGAUGCGGGCAAUGGCACCAAUACAAGUUUCCAUUGACCCAACUUUUCUUAGAUUUGUGCCAACUAUACCUAAUCACUUAAUUGUUGUAUCUCAAAUGGGCAGCUUUCAACUUGUUGAAACAAUCACUGGUGGUGCUCCAAACACUCGUCUGUCAUAUCCUGUUGAUACUAAUGGCUCAUUAAUAGUAGCUUUUGAUGUGUCACAGACCUAUCAAGCUUUAGCAUUUGGUGAUAGCUCAGGACAUGUACAUUUGUAUGUUUCAAAUCCUAAUUGUGCUUUCAACCCUUAUUCGGAACCUACUGAAUUUCCAGAUCAAGUUGAAUCUUAUGAACCUAUUGACAUAAAUGACAAACUGGCAGCUUAUUCUGCCAUUCCUAUGCCAUAUCCUGCACAAGGUCCGCUUGUCUCAGAUUUCCCCGAACAUAUGUUGGCAAGAACUUACAGAAAACCCAUGCCAAUUGAUGCUGAAAUACUACGUACAAUGAAGGUCUACCAAAAUAUUGGCUAUGCACCCAACCCAAACAAGCAGAAAAGAAAUGUAAUCCCUUAUGUCUUGAAUGACAAAGCCAACAAAGAUAGAAAUUCUAGUGUUCCGGAGUCACCUAUGGGCAGAGGUGAAGAUCCUUUUAUGACUGUCCCUAAGCGAUAUCAGAGAGUGGAAAUUAAAUACUCUAAACUCGGUGUAGAAGAUUUUGAUUUCAGACAUUACAAUAAAACCAACCUGGCUGGUUUAGAACCCCACAUUCCUAAUGCAUAUUGUAAUUCAAUGUUACAGGUUCUUUACUACAUAGAACCUCUUCGUUGUGCCUUGUUGGGACAUGUAUGCAACAGAGAGUUCUGUCUAUCCUGUGAGCUAGGCUUUCUUUUCCAUAUGCUGGAUUUACAGAAAGGAAAUACUUGCCAGGCUACCAAUUUUCUUAGAGCUUUCAGAACUAUGCCUCAAGUCUCAGCUUUAGGGCUUGUACUUCAUGAUGCUGAUGAAAGUAGUGGUAGAGUUGAUUUCCCACGACUCAUUCAAAGUUGGCAAAGAUUUGUCCUGAUGCAGAUUCAUGAAGAAAUAUGUGUUCCUGUUGAGAGCUCAGACAACUCUUCUUCAGAUUUGAAAAUAGAAUCAAAGAAAGAAACAGAGGAGAAAAAACUGACACAGAAAAACAAAAAGAACAACCAAAAAGGCUCAGAAAGCGUUGAAUCAAAGAAAGAUUCUUCUGCAGAUAAAACUGAAGAGGCUGAGAAUUGUGAAGAAAGUGCUGAUGAACCCCAGGCACCUAUGACAAGAUCAAUUAUUAGAGACUUGCUAGGCAUCAACAUUAGGUCAACUCUGCAAUGCAAGUGUGGCUUGACAAGUGAACGAACUGUGGAUGGCACUCACAUCAAUCUAAUGUACCCAGAAUGCAGGCCUCCUGGUCUACCUGCUCCAUUGUUCAUUAGUUUUGCAGAAGUAGUUCAGCAUAGCAUGACUGCUGCUACCAACAUCCAGGCCUGGUGCUCAGUGUGCAACAGAUACCAGCAUCAUUGUCAAAGAAAAAGCAUACAAAAUCUUCCAGAUAUUUUAGCUCUUAAUUGCCAUACAGAGAAUGAAAAAAACUUGGACUUUUGGCACACCCAGUUUCAGAUUAUUCGCCAGCGUCAUAAAGAAACAGCACCUCCAAUGGCUUAUGUAAAAACUUCCUCUCAGUCUUCAAUCAAAUGUAGAUUUGGAAUGGCUUGUCACAGACCUGACUGUCGUUUCCAACAUGAUGGCCCAAGGCAAGUUGACAGUGAAGUCAAGAAAAAGCAAUCAGAAGAAGAUGAUGAGUUUGGACCUAGUUGGAUUCCACUAGGAUUAAAAAUAGUCAGAAAGCAAGAUGGUAGUGUUGAAGUGACAGAAAUCUCUGACGAGGAGCCUCUGCCUUUACAGCAAGAAGAUGAUGUUAGAUAUUAUGAACUGUACAGUGUAGUCAGCCAUGUACUUAGUUCUUCAGGGGGCAAUCUGAUAUGUUGCCUGAAAGUUGGAGAGAAGUACCAUCAGCGCAAGGAGCGUGUCACUUGCACUCAGUGGUAUCUCAUCAAUGACUUUUGCAUUACACCUGUAGAAAAGGAUGAAGCUGUUGACUUCAAGUUGGACUGGAAUGUGCCAUGUAUUAUUCACUACACCCGUAGGGACUAUGUACAACUUCAUGAUCUUGCUGUGAAGCCUUGGUCUAGUCCUGAUGUCUUAUUUAAUGAUUCGGCUCUGCUGAACCCAGAACGUCACAAAUUAACAUUCCUGCCUCUGCAGCAAGAUGAACUACCUAAAGCUGGAGACAUUGUCGCACUGGAUGCUGAAUUUGUUUCUCUUAAAGAGGAAGAAGCUGAAUUGAGAAGUGAUGGAACUCGAUCAACACUGGUCCCUACUCAGAUGUCUGCAGCAAGAAUUACCUGUCUUAGAGGGAGUGGACCUAAUAAAGGAGAACCUUUUAUUGAUGAUUACAUUGUAACACAAGAACAGGUGGUUGACUAUCUGACACAGUAUUCUGGAAUAAAACCUGGCGAUUUGGACCCCAGUGUGUCCACAAAAUAUCUAACAACUUUGAAGGCCACUUACCUCAAACUUCGCUACCUGAUUGACAGUGGCGUAAUAUUUGUUGGUCAUGGACUGAAGAAAGAUUUUAGAGUCAUCAAUAUCUUGGUUCCUAAAGGACAAGUUAUGGAUACUGUGGAUUUGUUCCAUCUCCCAAAGCAGCGUUACAUUUCCUUGAAAUUUCUGGCCUGGUACUACUUGAAGAUUAACAUUCAGUCUUACACCCAUGAUUCUGUGGAAGAUGCACGGACAGCCUUACAGCUGUACAAGGAAUAUCAGCGUUUGAAAGAUGAGGGUCAAGAUAAGGUGCUUGCUGCCAUCAAGGAUCUUUAUGAAGCAGGCAGAAAAAUAUCUUGGGUUAUUCCAGAUGUUCAAGAAGUAGCUGGGGAAGAUAUUGGAGAGGCAGAUUUUCUUUAAUUAUAGAACCUUGUUCAAAUUUGUUGUUUUCACUAUUUUCAGACGUGUAGUUUCCUAAGUGUGUAUAGUGUGUGUAUUUUUUUUUUUUAUUCAAGAUUGAAACAAUCCAUUAUCUAACAUUGCUUGCUUUCUUUUGUCUUGUCUUCAUGUAUAAUGAUCACAUUGAAACAAACGGGCUUUGAGCUAAAUACUAAAAUCUCUGCUUUACUUAUAUUAAACAAAAAAAAAAAAAACCUAUUUAGAUAACCUUGAAUAUCAUAACUAUCUAAAGCAAUAUAUUUUUAAUGGACUAUUUCCCACUUUCUAUUGUAAUCUGAAAAAGAUCAUUUUUACUGAUUCCAUAUUUGUGUGCUUUGUGAUACUAAUUACUAUGAAUGAAAUCUAAGGAAACAAACAUUUUUCUAAAAAAAAAAUAAUAAUUGAAAAUUAAUGCUUAUGACUAUUGUAAAUCUUUUGUAACAAAUGAAAAUGCUUUUUAAUUAUUACUUUUCUAUUUUAAAUCUGGAGAGUGUCUAUUUUUAAGGACAGACUUCAUAUAAGAAUUCAUCUUGUACAUGUGUGCCUUUUGUCUGCAUUGUAUUUGCUAUGUGACAUUGAACAUUUUUAUCUGUAUUAACAUAAUAGUAUUUCUCAUUUCAUUUAGUUUAUAUAACAUGUUUUAGCUAAUAAUACAUCAGCUGUUAGCUAUUAAAGCAUACAGGUUUGUUAGCUAAUAAAAAAUACAGAUGUGUUAGCUAAUAAUACACAAGUGUGUGUUCGCUAAUCGUCUGCUAUGUAUUAAGACUUAUUUCUUAGAAAUUUUUUUUUUACAAUAUCUGGAAUUCAGAUAAAAAGCCAGCUCUUUUGUAAAAAAAAUUGUGUUUAUUGGACAAAAAAAAACCUGAUGUUAAGUUCUAUAAAAGAGCAUACUAGUAUUGUUUGUGAGUAUUUGUUUGAUUCAAUGAACCACUGUUUCUGCCUUCAAUCUGUGAUUUGAGUCAUUGUACAGUGAUAUAUUGAAAGGUCACUAUUAGUAGAUCACUUGAACUGUAAUUAACUCAUUAGACUUUCCUGAUUUGUAUCACCUGGUAUUAACAAAUGAAAUUCUUUUUGCUUGACAAAAUGUAUAUUUGUAAGUUUUCCUCAAAAAUAGAAUAAAUCUUUUUGUCUAGGCACAUGCAAUUUUAAACUGAAGUUAUUUGUAACUUCACCCCCCAACCCCCACCCCCCACCCCCUCCAAAAAAAAGUUCCAUUACUUCAAUACAAAUUUACUGAAGGAUUUUGAGGAAAUUAUCUUUUCCUGUUAAUAUGUAUUAGCUUCCCCUUGCACCAUGAACUUUUAGUGGCCCAGUUGUCAACAGAAAGUAACCUUUUUCUCUUAGACUUCUCCCAUUUAGGAAAUCUUUUUAAAACUUCACUUGAAAUGUGAACUAAAUGAUUAAAUUAAUUGUAAUAUUUAUUUUAAAAAAAUGGAAUACACCAAAUUGGUUUUAGUUGCUAACAAUGUCUAUCUGGGUGGCAUUGACAUUUUGCAGUUAUCUAAAAGCUUUGUGAGAAUGUUUUCUUUCUAUGUAACAAAAAGAAUAAUUAUUUCCAAUAUAUAACUAAGGAAUUUUUUUUUAAUUGUUUUUGGAAACUGGUGGUAGCCUUUUUUAAAUCAUAUUUUUUAACUUGAUUUUCUAGAAUAUUUUGAAUAUAAUUAAUUGAACUGGCUAUACCAGUACUUCGUUAGAUCCUAUAAGCGUGAUUAAUGUAUUAUGUGAGUAAUGUAUUACGCCAUAUUCAACUAUAGUUACACUUCAUUUUUUUGGCAACAUGGACUGCUCUGAAAUUGGGGAAUCUAGAAUUACAGAUUAUACGGGCCUGUAUAUUUUUCAUGGACACAAGCUGACACUAAAACAUAGACUAAAUGUCUACCAAGUAGACUAACACUUUUAGUUGGCAUCUUAGACCAUUGUAUUUAUUUCCCAACAGUCGUAUACACUAAUAGAGCUUAAGCAAUCAGAUUGUCACUAAAAAUGAUAAUCAUAAAAUUUUUAUACGAUCUUUAGAAAUAAAGGUACAAUCUCAGUGGAGCCUCCCUUCUCUUAUACAUGAAACAAUAAGGUCAGUUUUCUUUGUAUGAUUGGCUGAUGUUCAAAAAUAACAACAUGGAAGUAGAUAUUAAUGUUGUAUAAAAUUCUUGACUCUGAAUUGAUUUCACAGGUUAUUAUGUUAAUUGUUGUCUUUAAAAUUAUAAAAAAAAUAAACAUUAUCAUAUAUAGCAAAA